AUGUCUCUUUGUGGCACAACAGCCAACGCAAAAAUGAUGGCGGCUUACAAUGGCGGUACGUCUGCAGCAGCAGCAGGUCACCACCACCACCAUCACCACCACCUUCCUCACCUCCCUCCUCCUCACCUCCAUCACCACCACCACCCUCAGCAUCACUUGCAUCCCGGCUCCGCAGCUGCAGUGCACCCUGUACAGCAGCAUGCCUCUUCGGCGGCUGCGGCCGCGGCGGCCGCAGCUGCGGCCGCAGCCAUGCUAAACCCAGGGCAGCAGCAGCCAUAUUUCCCAUCACCGGCACCGGGUCAGGCCCCUGGACCAGCUGCAGCAGCCCCAGCUCAGGUACAAGCUGCAGCAGCUGCUGCAGUCAAAGCGCACCAUCAUCAGCACUCACAACAUCCACAACAGCAACUGGACAUUGAGCCGGACAGACCUAUUGGAUAUGGAGCCUUUGGUGUUGUCUGGUCAGUAACAGAUCCACGAGAUGGAAAGAGAGUUGCACUCAAAAAGAUGCCCAACGUCUUCCAAAAUUUGGUCUCUUGUAAAAGGGUCUUCCGGGAGUUGAAGAUGUUGUGUUUUUUUAAGCAUGACAAUGUACUCUCUGCCCUCGACAUCCUCCAGCCUCCACACAUUGACUAUUUUGAAGAAAUAUAUGUUGUCACUGAAUUGAUGCAGAGUGACCUCCAUAAGAUCAUCGUCUCUCCUCAGCCACUCAGCUCAGAUCAUGUCAAAGUUUUUCUUUACCAGAUUUUGAGAGGUCUGAAAUAUCUACAUUCUGCUGGCAUUUUACAUCGAGACAUUAAACCAGGGAACCUCCUUGUGAACAGCAACUGUGUUCUGAAGAUUUGUGAUUUUGGAUUGGCCAGGGUGGAAGAAUUAGAUGAAUCUCGCCACAUGACUCAGGAAGUUGUCACUCAGUAUUACCGAGCUCCAGAAAUCCUGAUGGGCAGCCGCCACUACAGCAAUGCCAUUGACAUCUGGUCUGUAGGCUGCAUCUUUGCAGAGCUGCUGGGCCGAAGGAUAUUGUUUCAGGCACAGAGCCCCAUCCAGCAGCUGGAUCUGAUCACAGACCUGCUGGGCACGCCGUCGCUGGAAGCGAUGAGGACGGCUUGUGAAGGUGCCAAGGCACAUAUACUCAGGGGUCCUCAUAAACAGCCAUCCCUUCCUGUCCUAUAUACACUCUCCAGUCAAGCUACACACGAAGCAGUUCAUCUCCUUUGCAGGAUGUUGGUCUUUGAUCCAUCCAAGAGGAUAUCUGCUAAGGAUGCCUUAGCUCACCCGUACCUGGACGAGGGGCGGUUGCGAUACCACACCUGUAUGUGUAAAUGUUGUUUUUCCACAUCCACUGGGAGAGUUUACACGAGUGACUUUGAACCCAUCACUAACCCCAAAUUUGAUGACACUUUUGAAAAGAACCUCAGUUCUGUUCGGCAGGUGAAAGAAAUAAUUCAUCAGUUCAUUUUGGAACAGCAGAAAGGAAACAGAGUGCCUCUCUGCAUCAACCCUCAGUCUGCUGCUUUUAAGAGCUUUAUUAGUUCCACGGUUGCUCAGCCAUCUGAGAUGCCUCCAUCUCCACUGGUGUGGGAGUGA